UCACCACCUCACGCUCGGCUGCGUCGGUCGCUCGUCGGUCUGUCCCCCCAAACAACCCAUCGGGCCUUCUUCUCUCUCCCCCACUGCCCUUCCCAUCGUCUGAAGGGCAUUAUCUCAACAACACCAUCCACCGAUCUCCGCCAUCAUGCCGGCCGUCAGCUCUGCCAGCUCCACCACAAACGGUCGCUCCAGCCGAUCCGGGGCUUCCAAGAAGAUCCUCGUCCUCAAGCUGUCAUCCGAACUGUUGAGUCAGUUCGUAACGCCGCCGCCCGAGGGAAAGGACCGGAAGAGCAAACGAACCAGCGUUAGCAACGUCGAGUCUCCCAUCAAGAUCAGGGAGCCUUCGUCUCCGGCCUCGUCAUCAGCCGAACCACCUCUCCCUCCGUCCUCUGUGGACAAUGCAUCCGAUGCUGCCUCGACCCCCGCGGCGGGCACCUCGGCUGCAGACACUCCUCGUCGCAAGGGUGUUCCUGGCCCUAAGCCAGGCACCAAGAGAGGCUUGCACCAGACGAGUGAGACCACCCCGAAGCCAAGAGGCAAGCCGGGCCCGAAGAAGAAGCCUAGAUUGGAUGACGGCACCGUCGACCAUGCCAAGUUGGUGGCCAACCACAAGCUAGGUCCCAAGGCCAAUAUGGGCGCGAUCAAUGCCGGUCUGCGUGCUCUAGAUCGCACGGGGGCUCCAUGUCGUCGAUGGGAACGCAAGCCUCUCCAGCUGAAGAGCUUCACGGGCAUCCAAUGGAUCCUGCCAUCCUGGCGAACUCCCCGGCCCUUGAAGUCGGAGCACGACGAGGCCCAUGGGAUGGCUCUCGAGACGGGCGACAGCGACAGCAAGGCCAACCAAAGUGCUAGUGGCGUCCCCAGCGAGAAGAGUGCCGGCGACGGGGAUCUCACCCCAGCUCCUCCCAAUCUUACCGAAGCCUCCUCCCCCGCCAUUGUCAUGGCGGCUUGAGGGGUCUCUCCAUCCAUCCACAUAUCGUCCUUCUUCCUGUACAUUAUUUUCGACACUACUACCUUUAUUUCUUUUGACGCUCUGGUGAUGCUUUUCUUUGUUUCUCCUUUCUUGUUACUGGAUUUGGCGUUAGGUCUAGGACGGUCACCGG